AGACUCAAGUCACAGAGGAAAAUGAAGAGCCUCUACCUGGCUGCCGGUGGGACCCUGGUCACGCUGGGGAGCCUCAGCAUCUUCUCUGGGAUCCUUGCUUUCUUCCCUGUCUUUUCCGGCAAGCUCUGGUACACGGGAUGGAGCGUUUGGAUCGCCUGUCCCAUCUGGAACGGGGCUUUGGCCAUUACAGCUGGGGUGCUUGUACUGCUCGCUCACAAAGAGCGGACCCAGAGAUACUUGUGGGAAGCUGUUUUCACCUUCGUACUUCUGAGCAUGAUGGGAUGUCCACUUCACUUUGCAAUAGCCUUGGAAUCGGCCUUCCUCGGCCCAUACUGCUUCUACUCCUUUUCAGGGGUUGCGGGAACCAAUUACCUUGGUUACGCAGUUACCUUUCCUUUCCCGUACACGAAGUUCCCGUCAGUCUGUGUGGAACCGCUCCACUAUGAAGAGUUUCACCUGGCACUUCAGGCCCUGGACCUGUGCCUGAGCUUCCUCCUGUUCUGCGCGUCCUUGGCAGUGUUCAUCAAGCUCUCGGCAAGACUGUUGCAGAACGGAACCGUGAAUGUGAGUUUCAACAAAGGGAGGUGGGGCUUGCUCAGUCCUGAGUGGUGGGCGGGGCUUGCUCAGUCCUGA